AUGAAGCAUAUAUUAUUACCGCUAUUGUUGCUGCUGGCAGUGGCACUGGCACUGUGUGGCGCCACCACGAACCGCCUGUUGGGUGCGUCUGUGCAGCGUGUGGCAAAUGAUUUACUUUCGCGUCGCGUGCGUGCGCUCAUAUUUCCAAAAAAGUCAUCUCUCUUGAUAACGGCUGCACUGACAAAAAUUAUAGUGGGCGGUAGGCCGAGUGGUUUGCAAUAUACAUUUGAAUUUGAUAUGUAUGUGCCGCUGCCGGAUACAGUAGAGGGCUGGCGACCGAAUAUACUGCUGGGACCUACCACAAAAAAGCCACGCCCAGCAAGGCGACGCUGGCAGGGCGAUUGGCAGCAAAAUUUUAAUGCUUAUAAUGGCACGCAUUAUUCUUCUUAUGGGAAUAGAAGAGUGGACUAUGCUGAGCCUGGACCCUAUCAGGCUGCUAAUUAUGCCAAACAUGCCAAGCCCAAGCAUAAUUUCUACAAAAGUCCCUGGCAGCUGACGGAGGAGCAUUGGCCACAUUAUGCACAACAGCAGCAGCAGCAGCAUGAGCAUUACAAUUCUUGGCAACAAGUGCCCAAGUGGAAGCUGCAUCGUGGCUACAGAGAACGACGCGAAAUCUUUGAUCAACUUGAGUCUAUGGGGCAUUUCUUGCAAAUGGACUUUAGAUCCUGCAUAAAGCGCGCCAUGUGCGAGCUGCGCGCAAAGUUUAACGAGCGCCAUCAUAAUGGGCUGCUCAUGGAGGAUCUGCUGCGCAUGAUGCUGACCGUACCCACAGAGGUAGACGAUGAGAAGUACCAACAUAGCUGGGAUGUGCAGGACUGUGCUCGUUUCUAUGCCGUUAGCUGUCCGUAUGGGAUUGUCGAGUUUCUAUCUCAAAGUGUGCACAAAAUGAAAUCAGAGUAA